GACUUAUCAAUUUCAUUCGUCUCACUUCUUCAAUAGUUUUAAAAAAUUGAAAAAUUAACAAAAUUUUCACAUAAAUGGAUAAUUUAAGAGCAGAAUUGUCAAAUAUCAAAAGCUUCUUGGGAGUCUAUAAUCGUAUCACGGAACUCUGUUUCAAGGCAUGUGUCGAAAAUUUAUCAACUCGAAGAAUAACUCCCGAAGAAGACAGAUGCGUCGAUAAUUGCUACAAGAAAUUUUCGAGUGCAAAUCAGCGACUUCUCGUCAUUUACAUGGAACAACAGCAAGAAAUCAACAAGAGACGAGCAGCAGACUUGGCGGAACAGGAACAACUCGCACUACAAAAAGCUCGCGAAGAAGCCCUGAAGCAACAGCAGGAGCAACAAAAACAAAAUCCUCCAUCGCAAGAACCUCAAGUUAUCACGAAUCCCGUUCAAACACUCACCGUGGAAGAGACAAAAUCAUGA